AUGAUUGUUUACCUUGUCUUGAUUGAAGGUGCUCUAAAAUUAAAAUUUGGCAAGACAAUUAUAAAUCACAUAAAACUUAGGUGUAUUUAUGGCUUCCUUGGUGGCUCAGGUUAUAAAGAAUCUGCCUGCAACGUGGGAGACCUGGGUUCGAUCCCUGGGUCAGAAAAGUCCCCUGGAAUGGCACCCCACUCCAGUGUUGUUGCCUUGAGAAUCCCAUGGACAGGAGCCUGGUGGGCUACAGUCUAUGUGAUGGCAGAGUUCGACCUGACUGAGCAACUAACAUUUCAUCUUCAUUUAGGUUUAUUUUAA